UCUCUCUCUCUCUCAGACUGUAGGCGUGGUUCUUCAUGCAUGCCAAUGUUUGUAAGUAAGCGGACAGACAGCACCGCUAUCCGCAUUCUCCUUGGUUUAGGUUUGGCUGCAGCAUAAGCCAUGGCUUACUUCUUCAAAGGAGCGGUUACAAGUUCUCCGAUUAAGACCAGGAGGCAGGAGGCUGAACAUAUUUGUCACAGUCUUGACGUCUCCCACUUCUCUGAUUCUUCCUAUGAGUGUUUUUCCACCAAUCCGCUGACAGGCUCUGUGUGUGCGUGUCGCCGAAGCCCCCGCCUACUAGCCAACGGUUAUUAUGUACUGACAGAGGACAGUUUUAGCACAGACGACGAGGGUAACGUCACCCUGACUCCCUCACACACCAGCGUCUCAUACAAAGAGAAUCUUGUCCGCAUAUUCAGACGAAGGCGCCGGGGAAAAAGGUCACUGGCCAGCCUUCUGAGUGAUAUGAGCCAAUCAUGCCAGUCCUGGCUGGAAGGAAGUGUUUUUAGAAGAUCUGACCCGAUUACCCCAAUCCAGUCAUCAUCAUGGGAAGAGCUGGACCACAGCUAUGAGAAAGAUACACCUAUCAGCUUCACCUACGAUCCCACAGAUCCUGUUUCCUCUUCUGAUAAAGUGCCUCCUCAGACUCAGCUUGAAGAAGAGGAGGAGCCACCGUGCGAGGCUUGCUCCGCCCGUGAACAAUUCAGCCAAUCAGUGAGCGGUCUCCUGGAUGUUCCUCCCCCAUCUGUCUGUCACCUCAAUAGUUAUAGCUCAUCCAGCAAGACAUGGUCAGAAACUGUGCUCCGGAAAGUCCUUCUCCUCAUCCUCACUCUGUGCCUCUGCAUUGCCAUCUCCUCUGGGUGGCUGCUGGGAAGUGUUUCUGCAGCCGUGGCAUUCAUGGUUCUGCUUUCAUCUAUAUGUAUGUCUAAACCUGGGAGCGCAGUGCACUGGAGGAGAGCAAAGACUGAGGACAUCACCUCCAGAAACGAGUGAGGAGGAACCAUACACACAUCUGUGUGAAGAGGAAGUGAGUGUGUGGACACACAUCCUGCAUCAGCAUUAAAUAUUAGUUAUAUAUCAGUUUUUGUAGUGGUAUUUUCACUGAUCAGCAAAAGAGUUCUGAAUAAUAAUUAUAGAAGAGUAAGUUUAACAGGACCAAUGAUGGCAAAUUACUGUCACAGGAAAAUAAGUAUGCGUUUUAAAAAAGAUGGACAGACAUAUCAGAACGAUCAUUGAGUGGAAGUUUAAGAAUUUGAUGAAUUUUCCUAAAUUGCAUUCUGGGGGAUUCUCUCCGAGUCAGUGGAGAUUCCCUGCAUGACAGAACGUAGAAGUAAAAUGUGUCAGUCGUGUUUGUAAAUGCAUCAGCUUGGCUUGGUUGGGCUCUUAAACAUGGUGACCAGGGCAUCAUGUGUUAUUGCUCAGCUUGUUUAGUCAGAUUAUCAGAUA